AUGCGUUUCACCGCCUUCCUCCUCCCCGCCCUGGCUGCCGCCACCCCGGUGAACCUGCCCAAGGGCGGCGCCGGCCAGGCCGACGGCCCGGACCCCAAGCAGAUCCAGAUCGUCAGCGCCAGCUUCUCGGGCAACGGCUGCCCCCAGGGCACGGUUUCGACCAGCAUCUCGCCGGACCGCACUGUCAUCACCUUCGGCUUCGACGCCUUCCAGACCUACAUCGGCCCCGGCUACGACCCCAAGGAGCGGACCAAGAACUGCCAGCUGCACCUCAACCUCCGGUACCCGACGGGGUUCCAGUUCGCCGUCGUGGACAGCACGUACCACGGCUACGCGCAGCUCGACGCGGGCAUCCAGGGCGACUUCUACUCGACCUACUACUUCUCGCAGGACGCGCCCUCGACCACGACCACCAAGACGUCCAUCUCGGGCGGCGGCGUCUGGGCCCAGGGGCAGGUCUACACCAAGGCCGACAGCAUCCCGACGUCGAGCUACAUCUACUCGCCCUGCGGCGCCAACGGCAUCCUCAACAUCAACAACCGCAUCAGCCUCGUCAACAAGGGCAGCAACUCAAAGGCCACGGGCAUCAUCUCGGACGACGACGCCACCGUCGCCUUUACGCAGCAGCUCAACCUCUUCUGGCGCCCCUGCAAGAAGUGA